AAGGUAGGUCCUGUUAGGGGACCUAACACAGGUGCCUGAACUAGUUGGGGAUGCCAGAAGAUCUCAGGAAAGCAUCAUGCCUGAGAAACGGAGUCACCAUGGAUCCCUGAAUACUCAUAACCAAAUCCGUUCACGUUCCUCAAGAGCCCAGCUGCAGUUCCCCGUGAGCCGUGUAGACCGCUUUCUUCGCCAGGGUCACUAUGCCCAGAGAUUGGCCUCAAGUGCCCCUGUUUUCCUGGCUGCUGUACUGGAAUACCUAACUGCUGAGAUCCUGGAGCUGGCAGGCAAUGCUGCCCGAGACAAUAAGAAGACCCGCAUUGCCCCAUGCCACGUGCAGCUGGCUGUGCGCAACGAUGUAGAGCUGAACCAGCUCUUUGGCCAUGUCACCAUCUCACAGGGUGGAGUUCUGCCCCGCAUUCACCCAGAGCUGGUGCAGCCAGCAACCGGGGGCCGAAGUAGCCAGAGUCACGUUGGACGUAACCAUAACUAUUCAGUGAAGGCCAAGUAAGCCAGACUGGAGAGAGCCCAGAAACUUUGGGAGUAAAAACUUUUUCUCUGGGUCAUCACCCCACGAACCUAUUAAAAGAGAUUAAAUCCAAA